AGGCCCGCAGGGGGCGGGGCAGGUGCACUUCCGCCGGGACCUGCCCCUUCUCCGGCUCCGGACCCGGGGCUGUGGGCGGGUCGGCUCCGGGCUCGGCGCGGUCCAGGUGGCUGCCCCGGGCCGAGCGAGCGGGUGGGGCGGUGUCAGACUGGGAAGAAGCGUCACGCGGGCGGGGAGGCGGCGGCCGGUCCAGGAGGGGCCGUUCCGGGCGCCGCGGGAGCCGCCGGCGGGCUGCAGAGGCCGGGCCGUGCCCGCACCCGGAGCCUGGGGCCUGCGGCAGCCCCCCGGCGCCUCCCCGCUCUCCGGCCCUCGGCCCUGGGGAGUCUCUGCUCCAGGCCGGCCCGGGCAGGUAGAACGGCCCUGCGCCCCACUUCCAGGGCCUUCGGCAGGUCCGGACCGCGGGAACGGCCAGCUUCCAGCCGUGAGCGGCCUCCCUGGACCCCCCCGGCCCGGACUCCGGCCCCGGCCGGCCUGGGAUCUCGGGGCUGAUUGAGCCGUGGGGCGCUGCGGCCCAUGCUGCGUAGUGACCCGCCUCCCACGACCCAGGAGGCCGCGCCUGGAAUCAGUUUCUGCCUCCUGGCCCUCCGUCCACACCCGUGGUGGAAUGGGGCCGAGCCUGAGUUCUCCCCACUGAAGGUAAGUUGGGGGAGACUUCAGGCCGGGGCAGUCUCCCGUCGUCUUCAGGACGCCACAGCAGCCCAUGCGCACAGAAUGGCAGCCACGCUCCAGCUUCCAGGGCGCCAGGAGAUGCCGCUGACCUUCCAGGAUGUGGCCGUGUACUUCUCUCAGGCGGAGGGGCAGCAGCUGGGCCCCCAGCAGCGGGCUCUCUACAGGGAUGUGAUGCUGGAGAACUAUGGGAACGUGGCCUCUCUCGGAUUCCCUGUCCCUAAGCCGGAAUUGAUUUCCCAGCUGGAGCAAGGAAAGGAACUCUGGGUCCUGAAUCUUCUGGGAGCUGAGGAACCAGAGAUCUUGAAAAGCUGCCAGAAAGAUUCCGAGGUUGGGACCAAGAAGGAACUAUCUAUUUUAAACCAAAAAUUUUCUGAAGAAACAAAAACCCCAGAAUUUGUAUCAAGAAGACUCUUAAGGAAUAAUGCACAGGCAGCUGAAUGUCAGGAAGUAUGGGGCCCUGGGGACAAACUGGAAGACAACCUGGGAAAUUCUGCCUGGCAGAGUUUGAACAAACCCAGUAUUCACAAGGGAGUUUUAACAGAAGCUACCGUGGACAGGGAAAGAUCUUUGGGAGAAAGAACCCAAGAGUGUAGUGCAUUUGAUAGAAACUUGAAUCUGAACCAAAAUGUUAGACUUCAAAGAAGUAAAACAAGAGAGAGGGUCUUUAAAUGUGAUAUAUGCAGCAAAACCUUCAAAUAUAAUUCAGACCUAAGUAGACAUCAGAGAAGUCACACUGGGGAGAAGCCAUACGAAUGUGGCCGAUGUGGGCGAGCCUUUACUCACAGCUCAAACCUCGUUCUGCACCAUCACAUUCACACUGGAGAUAAACCAUUUAAAUGUGAUGAAUGUGGGAAAACGUUCGGACUCAAUUCUCACCUCCGUCUUCAUCGGAGAAUUCACACUGGAGAGAAACCCUUUGGGUGUGGUGAGUGUGGGAAGGCUUUCAGUCGAAGCUCAACUCUUAUUCAACAUCGGAUAAUUCACACAGGAGAGAAACCCUACAAAUGUAAUGAAUGUGGAAGGGCCUUUAGCCAGAGCCCCCAGUUAACUCAGCAUCAGCGAAUUCACACUGGAGAGAAGCCCCAUGAAUGCAGUCACUGUGGGAAGGCCUUCAGUCGGAGUUCCAGCCUUGUUCAGCAUGAGAGAAUUCACACUGGAGAGAAGCCCCAUAAAUGCAAUCAGUGUGGGAAGGCCUUCAGUCAAAGCUCAAGCCUUUUUCUCCAUCAUAGAGUUCAUACUGGAGAGAAACCCUAUGUAUGCAAUGAAUGUGGUAGAGCCUUUGGUUUUAACUCGCAUCUUACUGAACAUGUAAGGAUUCACACAGGAGAAAAACCCUAUGUUUGUAAUGAGUGCGGCAAAGCCUUUAGUCGGAGUUCCACUCUUGUUCAGCAUCGAAGAGUUCACACUGGGGAGAAGCCCUACCAAUGCAUUGAAUGUGGGAAAGCUUUCAGCCAAAGCUCCCAACUCACCCUACACCAGCGAGUUCACACUGGAGAGAAACCCUAUGAAUGUGGUGCCUGUGGGAAGGCCUUCAGCCGGAGGUCAACCCUCACUCAGCAUCAGAAAAUUCACAGUGGAGAGACUCGCAAGUGCAGGAAACGUGGUCCAGCCUUUGUUCAUGGUUCCAGCCUUACACCAGACGGACAGAUUCCCACUGGAGAGAAACAGAGCAGAGCCUUUAAUCGUGGUGCAAACCUCAUUCUACGCUGGACAAUUCACACUGGUGAGAAAUCCUUUGGAUAUAAUGAAUGUGGAAAAGCUUUCAGUCCCACCUCACAACCCACUGAAGAUCACCAAAUGCAUACUGGGGAAAAGCCCUAUAAAUGUCAAGAAUGUAGAAAAGCCUUCAGUGGGAAUUCAACCCAUAUUCAACAUCAGGCAACUCACACUGGUGGGAAACCAUGUCAUGGCAGUAUGUGUGGGAAAGCCUUCAGCCAGAGUUCACAACUCACACCACAUCAGCAGACUCAUGUUGGAGAGAAACCUAAUUUAAAUGACGGAUCUAAAAGAUACUUUAUUCAUAUCAAAAAGAUUUUCCAAGAGAGACAUUUUUAAUUUUAACGUGGAAGAGUCUUUAGCCAGAGCCCCCAGUUAACUGAGCAUCAGAGAAUUCACACUGGAGAGAAGCCCCGUGAAUGCAGUCACUGUGGGAAGGCCUUCAGUUCCAGCCUUAUUCAGCAACUGUUCCAGCCUUAUUCAGCAAAUGCAGAAGACAGUUUAGCAACUGUUCAUUUUACAUUAGAUAGGAUGGCAUAAUGAAAGAUAAAUAAGGUCUAAAUAUUACUGGCAGAGUAACAAAUAGUUCAGAUGACUAUUAAAGUCAUUAAAUCUGGAAAUAAACACAAGAGAGUUCACUCUGGGAAAUCAGACAGUGUAAAGGUUACUGCCAUGCUCAGGAGUUGAACCGUGUGGUUCUGUGUCCGGAUACUCAUCACAAAUGGAUGGAGGGUGUGAGAAGUGAACCUAGCUGGUGCUCUGGAUCUACCCUACCUGACAUCCUUCCGGACUCACCCUUGUUUCCUAUCCAGGCCCAGGCUUGUGGCUAAGAACAUCCACUUUCAGUCCCAUAUACCUGCCUCCAGGUGUGGUACAGAGAACUUUUGCCUGUUGUGAGGACUCAGCCUUAUUCUCUCCACUGUCUCUCCCACCAACCCCCAGAGGAACUGCAGGUAGAUGUUUCUUCCUUGCUUGGAGUCCCAGUUUUUGCAUUUGUAAAAUAAAAGUUGGUUUGGUUUUGGUCCUAAGGAGCUCUGCAGUUUGGCAGAGAGAGGGACCUUAGAGGUCGAUAACGUAGCUGUCUGCCAAGUAUCUCUACUUUUGAAAACUAUAAUUACUGAUAAAAUUUGUUAAAAGGCAGGUUUGUUGAAGCAUAAUUUAUAAACAAUAAAAUUUACUCUUUUUAUAG